AUGAGUUGUCAGAUCUCCUGCAAGUCUCGAAGAGGAGGAGGAGGAGGAGGAGGAGGAAGAUUCCAGGGCUACAGUAGCGGCUCAGCCGUGGUCUCCGGUGGGAGCCGGAGAUCUACCAGCGGCUUCUCCUGCCUGAGCCGCCAUGGUGGUGGCACAGGAGGCUGUGGCGGAGGCGGCUUUGGCAGUCAGAGUCUUGUUGGCCUUGGAGGGCACAAGCGCAUCUCUAUUAGCGUGGCCGGCUACGGUGGUGGAUCUGGUGGCCGAGGAGGCAGUGGCUUCGGAGGUGGCAGCGGUUUUGGAGGUGGCAGUGGCUUCGGAGGUGGCAGCGGUUUUGGAGGCGGCAGUGGCUUCGGAGGAGGCCGAGGAUUUGGAGGUGGCAGCGGCUUUGGCGGCGGCAGUGGCUUCGGAGGUGGCGGUUUCGGUGGAGGCGGCUUUGGUGGAGGCCGCUUUGGAGGCGGUGGUGGCUUUGGAGGUUUUGGCGGGCCUGGUGGCUCUGGGCCUGGAGGAUUCCCUGGUGGAGGCAUCCACGAAGUCUCUGUCAACCAGAGCCUCCUGCAGCCUCUUGAUGUGAAAGUGGACCCAGAAAUCCAGAACGUGAAGUCUCAGGAGAGAGAGCAGAUCAGAACUCUCAACGACAAAUUUGCCUCUUUCAUUGAUAAGGUGCGCUUCCUGGAGCAACAGAACCAGGUGUUGCAGACAAAAUGGGAACUUCUGCAGCAGUUAGAUGUGAGCAGCCAUACCACCAACCUGGACCCCAUUUUCCAAGCCUACAUUAGCAUGCUCAAGAAACAGGUGGACGGGCUCACUGCAGAAAGAGCCUCACAGGAUUCGGAGCUGACCAACAUGCAGGAUCUUGUGGAAGAGUUUAAAAAGAAGUAUGAGGAUGAAAUCAACAAGCGCACAGCUGUGGAGAAUGAGUUUGUGACAAUUAAAAAGGACGUGGACAGUUCCUACAUGGACAAGACAGAGCUUCAGACCAAGGUGGACAUGCUGACCCAGGAGAAUGAUUUCCUGAGAACACUCUAUGAUGCGGAAGUGUCCCAACUACAACAGACUGCCACUGAUACCAACGUCAUCUUGUCCAUGGAUAACAACCGGAAUCUGGACCUGGACAGCAUCAUCUCUGAUGUUCAGUCUCAGUAUGAGGUCAUCGCCCAGAAGAGCAAGGCGGAGACAGAAGAGCUGUAUCACAGCAAGUAUGAGGAACUUCAGGUCACUGCUGUGAAACAUGGGGACAGCCUGAAGGAGAUCAAGAUGGAGAUCAGCGAGCUAAACCGUACAAUUCAAAGGCUACAAGGGGAAAUAUCACAUGUGAAGAAGCAGUGUAAGACUUUGCAAGACUCCAUUGCAGAUGCAGAACAGCGUGGAGAGCAUGCCAUCAACGAUGCCAGGGGUAAGCUCACUAACCUGGAAGAGGCUCUGCAGCAGGCCAGAGAGAACCUGGCCCGGUUGCUGCGUGACUACCAGGAGCUCAUGAACGUCAAGCUGGCCCUGGACGUGGAGAUCGCCACCUACCGCAAGCUGCUGGAGGGCGAGGAGUGCAGGAUGUCUGGAGAAUUCAAUGAUAACGUGUCUAUGUCGGUGACAAGCAGCAGCAUUUCCUCAACCGUGACAUCUAAGGCUGGCUUUGGCUCUGGAGGCCAAGGUUCUGGAGGAAGAGGGUUCGGUUCUGGAGGAGGAGGAGGAGGAGGAGGAUACAGCUCUGGAAGUGGCAGUUACGGCUCAGGAGGCAGAGGAUCUGGCUCCAGAAGUGGCGGUGGAGGAGGCAGUGGCUCUAGAGGGGGCUCUGGCUCUGGAGGAGGAGGAGGAUACAGCUCUGGAAGUGGCAGUUAUGGCUCAGGAGGCAGAGGAUCUGGCUCCAGAAGUGGCGGUGGAGGAGGCAGUGGCUCUAGAGGGGGCUCUGGCUCUGGAGGAGGAGGAUUCAGCUCUGGAGGAGGCUCCAGGGGAGGCUCUGGCUCUGGAGGAGGAGGAUUCAGCUCUGGAGGAGGCUCCAGAGGGGGCUCUGGCUCUGGAGGAGGAGGAUUCAGCUCUGGAGGAGGCUCCAGGGGAGGCUCUAGCUCUGGAGGAGGAGGAUCCAGCUCUGGAGGAGGUUCCAGGGGAGGCUCUAGCUCUGGAGGAGGAGUUUCUAGCUCUGAAAGAGGUGCUUCUGGCUCAGGGGAAACUUGCGGCUCUGGCGUGACCUUCUCUUUUAGAUAA